AUGCAAACAGUUUUAGUUUCACUCCUGCUGCUUGCCAUGUGCAGUUCCAAACUGGUCUUCUACGACGAGUUCGACAAGCUGGACUUCCGCAAGUGGCGCCACGAUAUCACCAUGGCUGGCGGCGGAAACAACGAGUUUCAGAUAUACCAAAACAACAGAUCAACCACUUACACCAACAAUUCCAUACUCUACAUUCAACCGGUUCCCACAGACGAAAAGAUAGGAGAAAAUGCGGUCAGAAACAACUCUCAGUACGAGAUCUGGGGAGCCACUCCAGGAGAUUUCUGCACUGCACCUUUUAACAACGGAUGCAAGAGGCAAUCCGACGGCAACAACUAUCUUAAUCCGGUCAUGAGUGGGAAACUCACAACAGUUGAGUCCUUCACCUUCACCUACGGAAGGAUUGAGGUGAGGGCCAAGCUUCCCAAGGGCGAUUGGCUGUGGCCCGCUAUUUGGCUCAUGCCAAGGGGAAACGUGGGAUAUCCGAGGGAAAAUGGAGGAGGGCCUGAAACUUUUGGAUCGACACUGCAUUGGGGGGCAGAUUGGACCACCAACCAGUUCUACAAGACACGUGCUGAGUACACGAUCAACGGGACUACUCUGGCUGACGAUUUCCACACGUACGGUCUUUACUGGGACGAUAAGGUCAUUUACACUUACUUGGAUAAUGAUACCAACAAAGUUCUGUUCGUCAAUCAUACCACGAUGAGCUACUGGGAACGCUCCGGACUGUCAGGCAGGAUGAAUCCUUGGCAAUUCUCAAAGAACAAAUGCGCUCCCUUCGAUACAGACUUUUACCUGAUUCUGAACGUGGCUGUGGGAGGAACCAUCGGAUACUUUGCCGACGGAGUGGCCAACAAACCGUGGAGGGACAGAUCCACAAGACCAAGUGCUGAGUUUUUCGACAACAAGGGGCAGUGGUUCCCCACCUGGAAGAAGCAGGACAGCGCUAUGCAGAUCGAUUGGGUCAAGAUUUGGGACCUUUAG